AUGAUUGGCAGUCUGGACCUAUUUAAAUGGAGUCAAACCAACAUGAGAACUACAAUCAUUCUCAGUCAGUUUGCUGAUUUCGUGGAUGCCAUCAAUACUGCAGAUGUGGCAACAUUGCUGAAAGUGCGUUCAUCAAAUGCUUCGUGUAAUUUAUCACCAAAAGUUCACAAAUUCUGCAAAACAUGCGGCUUGCAACAACUCCACAAAUACGAUAAUACCAUCACCAAAAUAUACGGAGGUAGAGAAUCUGUGCCUCAUUCAUGGCCGUGGAUGGCGGGCUUAUUCUUAGUGAAUAAUAAACUCCAUACCAUCCUUCGACGUCAAUUGCGUCCACAGAUGGUUUGUGGCUCGACUUUGAUAUCUGAAAAACACGCCAUUACAGCAGCCCAUUGCCUCAGAAACAGUCUAAAAAAUAUACACAUCGUGGAGAAGCAGUGGUAUUUUAUCAAGAAAACGCAGAGUUUGCUUUUUUUUCUGCGUUUUGGCGAUCACCAAUGCGAUGAUCAGUACUUUGAACCCCAAGUUGAUAUCCCCGUGCUGCGUUUUAUGAUCUACAAAUCUGGUGUUGACGGUCUUGAUGGAGAUGUGGCGAUUCUCGAACUUGAACAACCUGUGGAAUUCACACCCGAGAUACAUCCCGUGUGCCUACCACCGCCGAAUUUAAAUCUCGAGGAAGGAACAAAAUGCGUUGCUGCAGGUUGGGGAUUAAUAAGUAAAACUCCACCCAUAAUGGCUCCAAAUCUUCAAGAAGUUGAAAUCGUAAUUGCAUCUCCUGCUAAGUGCCUCGGUGAAAGUCCAGCCUUCAGGUUGGAUAUGCAAGUUUGCGCUUUCAAUUCCAAAACGAGUGUUCUUAACGGUGACAGUGGAAGUGGUCUCUACUGUAAAAUCCACCCAGACGACCAACAAUGGUACCUCUAUGGAACAACAAGCUACACCCUUUGGCCAAACGGUUUAAGUGGAUUUUCUCGUGUGCCUUACUACGUGAAAUGGAUUCACGAGAACAUCAAAUAA